AUGUUGGUUGGAGUGAGUGGUACGAAAUUUUGUGGUUGCGAAGACGUAAUUAACUUAUUGGUCCAUCAUUUCCAUUUUGAAUUACUUAACCAUCUCGAUAAUCCAGAUGAAAUCUUGGAUUACGCGACAAAAAACUACACAAAUAAUUUAGUUGUGCUACUAGAAAAUUUAUCAUUAUUGGAAAAACUGGAAAAAAGGCCUUUCUUCGUCCAUCUUUCUAUCGAUGCUUCAGUCACUACAAGGGUAUCAUUAUACAGGAAAGUGAAUCAUGUGGAGAAUUUGCAAUUAGAACAAAUAAUUCAAGCCAUUGAUGAGCAUGACUUUCAACCUGAAGGUAUUAAGUUGAGAGAAAGAUCGCAUCUUAAAUUCAAAAUAGUUCACGAAGACCCUGACCAAAAAAGGCAGAACUUAAUUAACAAUAUCACCACCCAAUUGAAAAUUCUCGAUUACAAAGAGAAGGAAAUGGCUCCUUUAAUGAGGCCCAGUUGGGAUAGCUAUUUUAUGAAACUAGCAACAUUAGCAGCAUCCCGUUCUAACUGUAUGAAACGUAGGGUUGGUUGUGUGAUUGUGAGGGAAUGCAGAGUCAUUGCCACCGGUUAUAAUGGGACGCCCCGUCAUUUGACAAAUUGCUUUAAUGGCGGUUGCCCACGCUGUAAUGAUGGUGACUCUAGAAACCUGCACACUUGUUUAUGCUUACAUGCAGAAGAGAAUGCCUUACUAGAAGCUGGCAGGGAUCGUGUAGGUCGAAAUGCGACUUUAUAUUGUGACACGUGCCCUUGUUUAACAUGUUCUGUGAAGAUUGUUCAAACAGGCAUAAGUGAAGUAGUUUAUAGCCAAACCUAUAGGAUGGAUGAGGAAAGUUUCAAAGUCUUGAAGAAUGCAGGAAUUAUCGUCCGGCAGUUUAGUUUCAUGGAAGAACCAAGAAUUGUAAUGGUUUAA